AUGUCUGGGGAGCCAGGCAAGAAGAACAACUGCGCAGUCACACCUCGAGAGCUCUCUUGUCUCAUCGUGCCCCUCGGUGGGCGCUGGCGGCUCCCGGACUCCAUCACGGCCAUCACCUUCGUGGCCCUUGGCACGUCCCUCCCGGACACCUUUGCCUCGCGCACCGCCGCCAUCGAGGACCCCACGGCCGACGCCUCCGUGGGCAACGUGACCGGCAGCAACUCGGUGAACGUGUUCCUGGGCCUGGGGCUGCCGUGGAUCAUGUCCAACGCGUACUGGGACUGGCACAGAGGCACGGCCUUCGUCGUGACCGGGGGGAGCCUCGUCUUCAGCGUGCAGGUGUACAUGGUCUGCGCUGGCGCCUGCCUGUGCGUCCUCCUGCUCCGCAGGCUGCACCCCGCCAUCGCGGCCGAGCUCGGCGGGCCGACCGCGUGCUCCCUCCUCUCGGGGGGCCUCGCCGCCCGCUGCUGCGCGCCUCGCCCGCCCUGGCGCGCCGCAGCGGGCGGCCUCCGCCGGACCAAGUACGUCGGCAGGUCUGGCGCUCUGGAGACGACUCUCGUCGCUCGGGUCACCAAGCUCCUGGGGCAGCAAGCGCGAUUCGUGGCCACCGACCUGCUGGCGCUGGCCCAGGAGGCUAGCAGCUGGGGGCCAGAGCUGGAGCGAGCCGAGGCGGCGCACGCCACGGUGUGGAGGCACCUGCGGCAGCAGCCAUGCCGCCCCGAGGUGUUCUGGGUCCCCGCGCACCAGGACGUCGACGGGUACCUGGCGGCGGGGCUUCACCCAGUGCUGUGCGCGGGCAACUUGUGGGCGGACUGGUUCGCCAAGCAGGGGGCCUUGCAGCACACGGUGCCCCAGGUGUCCACGGAGUUCUACGCCAUCGAGUUGCAGUACUCCAAGCAGGUGGCGGACUACAUCAGAUGGGGCGUGCAGCGCUGCCUGGCCAUCGGGGACUGGGCCCCCGAGGCGCGCUGCGUGCCCGCGGCGCCGCCGCCGCCCGCGCCGAAGCUGACGGCGGUGGAGUGCUCCCUGGUGCGCGUGCAGGGCACGCGCGGGAUGUUGUGCACCGAGCGCGGGCGCCGAUCCCGUGCUGAGGCAGGUGCGGCGGCGCAGCAGUCCGCCAGGUGGCGCAUUUCGGUGCGGGGCCAUACUGGAUGGGCGACGCUGAAGGCCUGGGGGCCGAGGCGUUGCAGCCGUGCGACGGUGGCAGGCCCUGCAAGUUGGCGCAGAGGCCGAACCCUUUGGUUGCACGAGGGUGACGGCCGUGGCGUGGCGCUGCGCCUCGGGCAUCGGCUGCGGCGCGCGGGGCCCGCCAUCUAUUGCGAGAUCUGCGUCGCGCGGAUGCAGGCCCGAGCGGCGAGGGGGCUGCAGAAGGCGCGCUGCGGUCCGCCCACCGAUAAGGGGCACCACCAGCGCACCUGCGUCAGCAACCUGGUGGCCAGGAGGGACAGGUUGCAGCGUGGCCUGGGCCCCAAGACGGGCAAGUCAUGGGCUACGGGCACGCUGGUGCACGGCGAGCGCAGUUCGGUCGACGACAGCCCCGAGGAAGGCACCGACGAGGCGGUCGCGGCCCAGGGCUCUGCGGAGGUCCCGCUGGCGGACGCGCAAGGGACCGCGACGCGCGGGUCUCCCGCAGCGCCAUGUGGCGGGCGCGCGGAGGAGGCCCAGAUGGCGGAUGCGCAGGAGACCGCGACACGCGGGGCCCCCGCAGCGUUGCGAGGCGGGCGCGCGGAGGAGGCCCCGCUGGCGGAAGUGCAGGGGGCCGCGGCACGCGGGGCUCCUGAACUGCCGAGAGGUGGGCGCACGGAGGCCAGCCGCCUGCUUGCGGAGGUCGUGGCGCGCCGCAGCGUUUGUGCGGCGCCAGCGCCGUCCUGGCAGGAGCGGCUGGAGGUGCUGCGGCGGCGCGUGGCGACGCGCGGGGCUGGCCCGGCGUGCGUCGCCGCUGGUGGGGCUGGCAGUGUUUCCAAGGCGCAGGUCGUGAUGGCGUUGACCGACACGGGCGGCUCCGCGGCGGGGCUGAUGCCGCCCCCAGGGCGGAGCCUGCGGGCUUUGCCGCAGCGGCCGCCGCGGCCGCUGGCCCUGGAGCGCAGGCUGGACCGCUGGGGGCGGUGGUGGAUCGAGCCGCUGCUCGACGCCGACGGUGCGGCCAGCGGCUGGCUCGACCGCUGCGCCCCGUACGCGGAGGCGGUCCUCGCGGCGUUUCCUCCGGGCGAUGGGCAGCGCGGCUCGGCGGCUGGCGGAGGCGUGGCGCCGCCGCGCCUGGAGCCGCGGAGCGAGGCUGCGCGGCGCCUGCGCCGUGCAUCGUUCGGGCCUCACGCUGAGCCAGCGGUGCGUCGCCGACAGCACGCGGAGGUACGAGGUGUAUACUGCCUCCGCAGCUGGCAGGCGGCGCCUGCGGGCCUACUGCCCGCGCUGGGCUGGGCUCGGGCGGCGCGCCGCAGGCCGCGGCCUGGGGCGGCGGCGGCGCCUCGCGAGGGCCAGGGCGCGCAGGCGGUGUCGCAGGACCGCGGCGGCGGCGAGGGCAGCGACGUGGGCGAAGGCCGGCGGCGGCGGCGCGCCGCGCUGGCCGCAGGCCGCGUCCGCCAGACGCGGCGGCGAGGGAGGCUAGGCGGCGGCCUCCACGGCAGCGGCGCGGUCCACCUCGCGCAGGUCGGGCGGCGCCGCGGCUCAGGCGGUGACGCAGUCGUCGUGCCGUUCGGCCUGGCCAUCGACCUCAUCUGA